ACCGCUACGUGACGCACCUUCCCUACCCCCUCCGGCAAUUUGCUUUUUCACCAUGAGAUCAUGACGCACUGCGCUGGUAUCGUCACAGCGAAUGUUAGAGGGUCGACUUUGGUAAUGCGCACCUCUACCAGGCUAUGCGGCAUUACCAGAUACGUGAAGAUGGAUGAUCCGAUAUGGAUUGUUUCAUGGAGUGGCAGAGCAAGCAGUCCUACUUCCUUGCCGAGCUCGAUACGACGAUGGAUGCUAACGCGCUACUGAAUCGAUUUGGCGCCGCAUUGGGCAUUGGUGCAGCGUUAGUUGUCAAGAAGGACGCCUUCCGGAAGAUAUUUCAGCAUCACAAGGACAAGGUUAAAGAGGCUGUACGGAUCUAUUCCGGAUCCGAGCUGCUCAACUCUCUCACCACACGAAUUUGUGUUGAUCUCAAUCGUGGCUUCUCAAGAGGUGAGGUGCUGGAUGUAGUAUUGAAAGAGAUGCAUGGCAAGGCAGAGCAAGCACUUGAGCAAGACGUGCCAUGCACAGCGAAACGGCACGCCACUGUCAAGGCCGAUGCAGUAGUGACGGAUCUCAAUCUGCUGCAGACCUUCAAGAAUUCUGAUGUCGAUUCUGAGCUGGAGCUUUACUUCGAUUAUGCAGGUUUCUGCAAUCGAUGCGUGCUGUUACUGAAAUCAGUGAAAUUCCCUGUGACACCUCCACAUCAAGCAAAGAAAGGGAUGACUGAGGAUCCUGUCUAUAUCGGACUGCAUCUGCUGGAUGAAGCGAGGCAGCUUGAAAAGGCAAGACGUCCUAUGGAUGACUCAGGUCUUGCUCUCUUGGCACGUCAAGUGCAGAAGUACGUCGUGAAGCACGAAGAUGACUGUAUCCAGGCAGCUAAGCAGCGCUCGAGUGGCAAUACUCCCGCCUCUGAUCACUCGAUGCUGUCUAAGUCUGCUCGCAAGCACGAUCAGCAGUAGCGCAUGGCGUCCAGUUGAGAUGGCUAAGCUCCACUACCGACACGGUCUGUGGAGAGGUAUGGUGUGCUGCAAGCGGUCUAAGCAGGCGAGGCUGCAAAGUCUGAGGGAUCACAGUACCAAAUACGAGGCGGAAUGGGACUGGAUCAUCGUUGGACAGGGCGAGUACGAGUUACUGGAGAGAGUAGCAUAGGUGGUAUAGCUGCGUUAUUGCACGCUUCAGCCCGGCGAGCAGGGCAUCGAUCUUGUGUAAUCUCCAAGUUAGACAGUACGCUCGACUGGUCUACUGGCA